GGGUCACCGGGUGCAGGGUAGCGCUCCGCCGUUUCCGGUUUUCCGCCAUUGCGGCUCCCGCUGCGGCUCGGGGCCCCGUCGACGGUUUAUAAAAGGGAGGCGGGCGGCAGGAAAGGUAGCAGCUUCAGAUCCGUACAUACACGCCUCGGUCUCUCUCUUCCCUGGCUGUUUUUUCCUCUUUUUUUUCCUCCGUCGCUGCGUUUUUUUUUCUCUCGCCGGAGGAUCUCUGUUUUUUCUUCUCCUUGGACUCGCUGAGCGCCAGCGUCGUCUGUCGACAUGGCUCAGAUCCUGCCUAUCCGCUUCCAGGAGCACCUGCAGCUCCAAAACCUGGGCAUUAAUCCAGCAAACAUUGGGUUCAGUACCCUUACUAUGGAAUCUGAUAAAUUCAUCUGCAUUCGGGAGAAAGUCGGUGAGCAAGCCCAAGUGGUCAUCAUUGAUAUGAAUGAACCCAACAAUCCUAUUCGCCGUCCAAUCUCUGCUGAUAGUGCCAUUAUGAACCCAGCCAGCAAGGUUAUUGCAUUAAAAGCUGGAAAAACACUGCAAAUAUUUAACAUUGAAAUGAAAAGCAAGAUGAAGGCUCACACCAUGGUGGAUGAUGUCACUUUCUGGAAGUGGAUCUCACUCAAUACAAUUGCCUUGGUAACAGACUCUGCAGUGUUUCACUGGAGCAUGGAGGGAGAGUCUCAGCCAAUGAAAGUUUUUGAUAGACACUCCAGUCUAGCAGGCUGCCAGAUCAUCAAUUACCGCACUGAUGCCAAGCAGAAAUGGUUACUGCUCAUUGGUAUCUCUGCUCAGCAAAACCGUGUGGUGGGUGCAAUGCAACUGUACUCAUUGGACCGGAAGGUAUCUCAACCAAUUGAAGGUCAUGCAGCAGCCUUUGCACAAUUCAAGAUGGAAGGCAAUGCAGAAGAAUCAACUUUAUUCUGCUUUGCAGUCAGAGGGCAAGCAGGAGGGAAGCUUCACAUUAUUGAGGUGGGAACUCCUCCUACAGGAAAUCAGCCCUUUGCCAAGAAGGCAGUGGAUGUCUUUUUCCCACCAGAGGCACAAAAUGACUUCCCUGUUGCAAUGCAGAUAAGUGCAAAGCAUGAUGUUGUUUUCCUGAUUACCAAAUAUGGAUAUAUCCACCUAUAUGAUUUGGAGACUGGGACCUGUAUCUACAUGAACAGAAUCAGUGGAGAGACCAUCUUUGUUACAGCAGGACAUGAUGCUACAUCUGGAAUCAUUGGAGUGAAUAGAAAGGGUCAGGUAUUAUCCGUUUGUGUUGAAGAAGAGAAUAUCAUUCCUUACAUCACCAAUGUGUUGCAGAACCCAGACCUUGCACUGCGCAUGGCUGUGCGCAAUAACCUAGCUGGGGCAGAGGAGCUCUUUGCUCGCAAGUUCAAUGCUCUCUUUGCUCAAGGAAACUAUUCAGAAGCAGCAAAAAUAGCUGCAAAUGCACCAAAGGGUAUCUUGCGCACUCCAGACACUAUUCGGCGUUUUCAGAGUGUAACUGCUCAGCCAGGGCAGACAUCCCCUUUGCUUCAGUACUUUGGAAUACUACUUGAUCAAGGGCAGCUGAACAAAUUUGAAUCUUUGGAACUAUGUAGGCCAGUGCUACAGCAGGGUCGUAAGCAGUUGCUUGAGAAGUGGCUAAAAGAAGAUAAGCUGGAGUGCUCUGAGGAGCUUGGUGAUAUUGUGAAGUCUGUGGAUCCCACACUGGCAUUGAGUGUCUACCUGAGGGCAAAUGUCCCCAACAAAGUGAUCCAAUGUUUUGCAGAAACUGGCCAGUUCCAGAAGAUUGUGCUGUAUGCAAAGAAAGUUGGUUACUCACCUGAUUGGAUCUUUCUGCUAAGGAAUGUAAUGAGGGUAGGCCCUGAUCAAGGACUUCAGUUUGCUCAGAUGUUGGUUCAGGAUGAAGAACCUCUUGCAGAUAUCACCCAGAUUGUUGAUGUGUUCAUGGAAUACAACCUGAUCCAGCAGUGCACUUCUUUCUUACUGGAUGCCCUCAAGAAUAACCGUCCAUCUGAAGGACCAUUGCAGACUCGCCUCCUGGAGAUGAAUCUUAUGCAUGCUCCUCAAGUUGCAGAUGCUAUUCUUGGUAACCAGAUGUUCACUCACUAUGAUCGUGCACACAUUGCUCAGCUUUGUGAAAAAGCUGGACUGCUUCAAAGAGCCCUGGAACAUUAUACAGACCUGUAUGAUAUUAAACGUGCUGUAGUGCACACCCAUCUGCUAAAUCCUGAGUGGCUUGUCAAUUACUUUGGCUCCCUGUCUGUUGAGGAUUCUGUUGAAUGUCUGCGUGCCAUGCUGUCUGCCAACAUCCGUCAGAAUCUGCAGAUCUGUGUGCAGGUUGCUUCCAAAUACCAUGAGCAACUUGGUACACAGCAGCUGAUUGAACUGUUUGAAUCUUUCAAGAGUUUUGAAGGCCUGUUCUAUUUUUUGGGCUCCAUUGUAAACUUCAGUCAAGACCCAGAAGUCCACUUUAAGUAUAUUCAGGCUGCCUGUAAAACCGGACAGAUCAAAGAAGUGGAACGAAUUUGUCGGGAGAGCAAUUGCUAUGAUCCAGAACGUGUGAAGAACUUCCUCAAGUUCAAGGCUUUGAAUUGA